AUGAAAAUAGACUACACCAAAAAUUCGGAUUCCCCUCCACUCUCACCGGCGGCGCCCACGGGUCUCUUCUUCUCCUGCCUCCCUACCCCUCAUCCACCUGACGGCCACCUCCGCCAUCGUAACCUGUGGGUGCUCCUGCCGCUGGAGAGGAAGCCCGCCUUAGCCACCAGCCAACGAAUCGGCCUGAAGUCACCGUGUAUCGUACACCGGAUCAGCUUCCCAAGCGCCAUGGCUGUGGCAAUUGCGGAUGACCUUCGUUGUCCCACCUGCCUCAACAUUUUUAAAGAUCCCGUCAUGCUGAAGUGCAGUCACAGUUUUUGCCGAGCAUGCGUGAAGAAUUGGUGGAAGCAUAAACAAACCAGCACCUGUCCAGUCUGUAGGAAAAGAUGCGUACCACCAAAAUUGUCUUCGAACCUGACACUGAAGAACAUAUGCGAAACCUUCACACAAGCCUCAGUGGAGACGGAGGCCUUCUGCAGUUUGCACGAGGAGAAAAAGAAGCUCUUCUGUUUGGACCACCAGGAGUGCGUGUGCCUCAUCUGCAGAGAUGCCCAAAUACACACAGGCCACAAGUUCCGUUCCCUACACGAGGUCGCGCAGGAGCACGAAGAGAAACUUCAGAAAGCCUUGCAAAUAGCUGAGGAACAACUGAAAGAUUUCACUUGUAUUAGUGACGACUACAACAACCAAGGAGAGUAUAUCAAGGCCCAGCGGGUCCAGAUAGAAAGUAAGAUUAAGAAGGCGUUUGAGGAGUUUCGGCUCUUUCUGUAUGUUGAGGAGGAUAGCAUGUUGUCUGCUCUAAGGGAAGAAGAGCAAAAGAAAAGUCAGAUGAUGAAGGCCAAUACUAAGGUUCUAAGCAGAAACUUGGCUGAAAUCUCAGAUGCGAUCAGAAGCACGAAAAAGCAUCUGACGGCUGACCACGUUUCCUUCAUGAAUAACUUUCACGAUGCAAUGAACAGAAUCCAACAGCUGCCCCAGAAGCCCAAGAUGUUCCCGGGAGCACUGAUAGAUGAAGUCAAAUAUCAGGGCAACCUCAAGUUCACCGUGUGGGAACGAAUGAAGGAGAUGGUAUCCUACAGUCCUGUUAUUCUGGACCCAAACACGGCCUCGCAUUUAUUAAGUCUGUCCGAUGAUUUGACCAGCGUGAGCUUAAACGUUGUCGAACAGCGGCGUCCAGAGAACCCCGAGCGCUAUCAGUCUCGAGUACGGGUGCUCGGUUCCGCUUUGGAUCCGGUCCAGAAAUUGCCAAUCCAAACAAAUGUGCAGAGGGUGCGAGUUCAUGUCGACACAGACACGCGAUCACUUUCAUUCUCUGAUUCGCUUACAAACACUGAAUUAUACACCCGAAAGAACAUUCCCAUUUGGACAAACACAGGAAAGUACGAGGCUGUACUGAGAGGGACCUGA